AAAAACUAGCGACUUUCAGUUCAGGAUUGUUGCUGUAUUGCUGUAUAUCGAGUGUGAAGUUUUUCUCUCCUCUCUUUGUCUCCUCUGUUGAGUGACAGACAGAGGGAGAAGGGUCCAGCUGCAGGCUUGAGCGCCGCAGUUUUAGGACCGCAGAAAUAAGACCCUUCAUUUUUCGCAACUGCGCCACCCAGUGACUUGGAGUAGUGCUUGCAGUAGUGCUAGGCAGCAGUCCGCACAUGCGCGUCAUGGGCCUGUCAGUCAUGGAAUACCUCCAUGUGACAAAUAGAUGUUGACAGCAAACCAAAUGUCAUGCAGCUUAUUCCAUCUGAAGUCUCACAUAGCCAGACCCAUCUCCACAGUAGCACGUGGGAGUGAAAUCAUAAACGGGCAGAAAGCCCCGGAGAACUCGAUGCUGUAUAUGGUCUCUCUGCAGAACAGUAAAGAAGAACAUGUAUGUGGAGGAUUCCUCAUCCGGGAAGACACUGUGGUCACCGCUGCACAUUGUGGCCGCCUGGGAGUUAAACACGUUGUUCUUGGCACCCACCAUCUCAGUAAGGUUGGAUCAAGAAUGAACAUUGCACAUAGAUACAUACACCCACAUUUUGUGAGUGAAGGCUCUGGCAAGGACAUCAUGCUUCUCAGACUGGCUGGGAUGGCUAAACUGAACAACAGAGUGCAAACAAUUCCAAUUCCCAGAUCUGAAAUAAACACACAAGAAAACACAAUGUGCCGUGUAGCUGGAUGGGGUUACACAACUAGUGGUGGUGUAGUUUCUGAUGAUCUGAGAGUGGUGGACGUGUCUGUCAUUAGCCGGCCAGACUGUAAGGAGAAAUGGCGUGGUCUUCCUGCCGAUGUCAUCUGUGCAGGUGGAUAUCCCUCAGACAAAGGAUUCUGUCAGGGUGAUUCCGGUGGUCCUCUGGUGUGCAACGGGAUGGCUGUCGGUGUCGUGUCUUUCAACAACAACAACACCUGCAGCUACCCAGAUGUACCCAACGUCUACACGGAUAUCUCAAAAUAUCUUCCCUGGAUCAACAGCAAACUCAGACAUUAGCACAAAUCUUGCAAGUUUCAUUUCAGCAUACAUCAAUUUUGAUAUGGGGGUUUCAUGGUGUCUCAGAUUGCUCUGUCAGUGUGGCCAAAAUUCAAAAUAAAAGCUUAUUUCAAA